AUGAACGAAGACGUGAUGGAGUUCGAGAACGUGGAGAAUGUCUGCAGACUGUGCCUUUCCACGGAUGGACCUAGAUCUUCGGUGUUUGCGACGCAGGAGGAAGAAGAGGAGUUAUCCAGUGUGCCGCUGGUUGCUAAAAUUCAGGCCUGCCUGUCGAUUCAGAUUUUAACAGCCGAUAAGCUGUCCACAUGGAUAUGCGCAAAUUGUGUAAAAAGCGUUAAUCAAUGGCACAUCUAUAAGCAAUCGUGUUUGCGCUCCCAGGACAAACUGAAAGAAUGGCUGACAAAUCAAUUGCAGUCAAAUUCUACGGUUAACACAAUCAAAGAUGAACCAAUGGACGUGGAUUAUGAAGAUGAUGUAGAAAUUAUCGAGGAGGUCGCCAAUAAUGUAGAAGUUAUUGAGGAGACCACCAAUAAUGAAGAAGUAAUUGAGAAGACUACCAAUAAUGAAGAAAUGAUUGAGAAGACUACCAAUAAUGAAGAAGUGAUUGAGAAGACCAUCAAUAAUGAAGAAAAUCAAACGGAUCAGCAGAGUUCCAUAGUUCUAUGUUCCGUUAAAAGUGAACCACAAGAUGAAGACGAUACCGAUGGUACUAUAGAAGUAGAAUCCACGAAUAGCAGUGAAUUGAAUCCUAUGGCAAUCGAUGAGACAGAGGACAUUGUUAUGGAGGCCGAUUCUACACAAAAGUCCAAUGCAGCUGGUAUAUUGCCUAAGAAGAAAUUAAAACGCGGUCCUCACACUCAUUUCAGAGGAACGCGUGUUUUUAAGCAGAAGUGCACGCACUGCCAGAUAUUUUUGCAUUCUAAAUACUCAUAUUUGAAACACAUGAAGAGAUUCCACAGCAAAGAAAACGGCAUUGAGAAUUCAGAGAUACAGAACAACGAUGAGGAGAUGAUCGAGGAUCUAGAAGAUGAAUUGAUCAGUAUGGAGAAGGACUCACCGCUGACACAAGUUCAACAGGAUAUUAUUAGUCAACUGAAAACUUUUUCUUGCUACUCUUGCGAACAGACGUUUAACGAUCGACGUAGCACUCUUUCUCAUAUACGUCAACAUAUGCCGGAUUUAAGACCGUACACAUGUAUUGCUUGUUUGACUGAAUUUCCAGAUCGAUCGAUGUAUCAGUUACAUUGCGGAGCUUCCUUUGAAUGCGCCAUGAAGAUUGCCCUAGUUGUACCGAAACUUGGUAGCGAGCGAUAUUUUACAUGUAAUAUGUGCUUGCGCUCAAUGCAAGGCAGGAAGGAGUUACUCAGCCAUUUGUCGAAGCAUUCUGAUAAGCAGUAUGAGGAAAUGAUGUCAUCGUCGACGCGAGCUCCGCCUAAACUGAAGCCAAUGGCACCGUUGCCAUCCUCGAAAACCAGCGCUAUCAUGAGCGGACCUUACAUGAAUGGUGAUCCAAAACAUAAUCAUGCCUGCGAUUUAUGCGGCAUGAUCUACCGAUAUCGGCCCAAUAUGAUAAAGCACAGGGAGAUGUGUGCGCGAUUGGACCCAGACAGCAGAACAUUGUACAGAUGCGUGCAUUGUUACAUGACGUUCCUUGUAUUUAAAAAGUUCCACUAUCAUAUAACAGCCGAUCAUAAGAAAAAAGAUUUUACAUGUUCUGAGUGCUUUUCCAAAUUCCGAUCGCCUAGUGAUUUUGUAACUCAUUAUGAAACCCAUCGCACGACAAUGCCAGCCAACCGACAAAUGCAACACGAGAGUACCUCGCAGAAUUCAGUUCAAACACCAUUGAAAGAACGUAAUGCUUACGAAACAAAUGUCAAACCAAGGGUUAGUUCACGAAUAUCAAAUCAGCAGUAUCCUUGCCCUCUUUGUUCCCAGAAGUUCUCCACGAGAGUUGAACUGAAAGAGCAUCGAACUCUUCAUCUCAAAAUGAAGAUAUAUUCGUGCGCCAUUUGCCGUAGCUUAUUCAGCAGCGCCGGCGCCUUGGAGAGCCAUAUGAAAGAUCAUGGUAUCGAAGAUGCGCACGAAAGGGACGCCAAUGUCUCUAACAUGGAAUUCGGCAGCUUAGAUGAGGAUGUAAUGAUUGAAAAAGAUUCAGUGAAUAUCAGUGCCAUGUCGGACCCUGGUCCGCAAAAUCAUGAAUGUGGCGAAUGUGGUAAGGUACUAUCCAGUUACGCUAAUCUUCGACGACACGCUAAAAUCGCUCACCGGAAUACUAAGAUCUACGAUUGUGUCAACUGCUCACGAAUGUUUAUGCGUAAAGAUUUGUAUGAUACUCAUAUGGAAAUCAAGCACAAUUCUAAGAAGACAAUGCUGCAGUGUCCGCAAUGCCCUAAGAGUUUUGUCUUCCAUUCGAAUUUCUCUUAUCACUUCCGUACUGCUCAUAUCGAGAAAUCACGAACCGGUUAUGCUUGUGAUAUCUGCGGUAAAGUCUUUGUUGAGGAAGCGUCUUUAAAAAUACAUAAGGGCUGGCACAAUCGCGCAAAUUCACGUUUGAGCACUCGAUUUAUACUGGGAUAUCAGAACGCGUCCGAUGACACAAAAGAAUCAAGUAGCGUUGAAUUUGUUGAGAAUUCAGAACGGCCAGCGAGAGCACGAAAGUCCUUCCCUAAUGCACCACUCCAAUCAUUAAUAAAGACAUCAGAUAAUUAUCAAUGUCAAGUAUGCAAUGACAAAUUCAAUGAUGUCGUAGAACUGAGGACCCAUUUGUGGGAUGUCCAUUGCGCUCGCAACAAACUAGAAAAGAGUUUCUCUAAUGAUGAACUUCAAUGCGAACUUUGCACGAACAUUUUCCCCGACAAGGAAACCCUAGCAUCUCACAUGCAAUGGCACAAGGCCAAUCCUAUUCUUAGUGAUAUACAAAAGACGACCUUCUCCUGCGAUAUAUGCGGCAAGUCUUACAGUUCGAAGAAGGUUCUAUGGAAGCAUAAGAGGCUUCAUAAAACUACCGUUGUAGCCUCAAUUAAAUUCCAAUCUAUAGCUAGAAAACCGAUGGCUACACAAUUCUUGUGCAACUUCUGUCGUAAAGUCUUUUCAAGCAAUCAGUCUCUGCAACGGCACAAAUUCACCUUCCACAGUGAUCCGCAGAAUCGUGCCCAGCAACAGUUUUACAACAGCAGUCAAUUACCGUCAUUUAAUGAACCAAGGGUAAAGCGUAUGAAACAAGACGUUGAAAACGAUAAUUCACAGACCAAAUUGUCGCCUUUCGCCAUGGACUUUGCUGGCGAGAGAAGGAAGCCGGUCAUGUGCCAUGUUUGCAAGAAAAUGUUCCCUAAUAUGAGCGUGCUGUAUAAGCAUAAGCAAAUGGUUCACAAACGACCAAAAAAAGAAUUGAUACCCGAGUGUAUACCGAUGUCGACUCACGAUGGCCAAUUUUCAUGCAACAUCUGUUUCAAAAAAUUCCCUGGUCUAUCAAAUCUGCGACAACAUUUCACAAUCAAACACAAAAAGACGUCCGAAGCCAACAACACAUCAAUGAUAGUGAGCAAUGAAAGAUUGUCGCUCCCAACACCCGAACGUCCGAGGGAUGUGAAAACCAGUGAAGUGGCCUACAAUAACGUAAUGUACAGCUGUAAAUUGUGCAAGCAGUGUCACGUCUUCAAUAAGGAGUCUAUCAUAAAUCAUAUCACCAAUGUGCACAACGCAGUGUAUCAGGCUGAUAGCAAUACGUUCCACAGGGAGGUCACUCUGAGCACUUACGUAGUGAAAGAUGCGAUUGGAGCUACUUGUCCGCUAUGUGAUGUUAAAUAUCCUAAUAACAGAGCUCUGAAGAUACACUACAUUAAAUUCCACGAAAAUAAUAAUUGAAAUUGAUGUUAAAAUCAGACCAUUGACUGCUCCAGACGCGGAAAGAUUUUUUAAUCACAAAGUGUAAUCACAAAAAUCGAAAGAUUAUCCUUAAAUCACGAUUGUCUACAUAAGGUGAUAUAUUCUCGAAAUAGCAUCGAUUCUGAAUAGAAAUGUAAACCGAAAAAUUUUGAUUCAAAU